UGAGGUCACAGUGUUGUCUCCGUGGUGACGGGUCGUUCCUGGAGACAACGGAACUCCUGACCAAACUACCUCCUGACGACCUCUCUACCAUCAUGACCUGCAAGGACUUCAACCUGUCUCUCCUCUGUCCGUGUCUGAGUCUGGGGGUUCAGCGGUUAACCCGGGGUCAGGGGUCAUUGCUAUUGGAGACUGCCCUGGCCGUGACCCUGGAUCAGCUGGGCGAGGUCACACAGCUACUUCCUGUUCCUCACCAUUCCUUCCUGCCGCCGGCCAAACCUGACCCGGCCGAGCCCUACUGGGACAAACUGGCUAUCAUCUAUGGUGAGGCAGGGCUCUACCCGCGGGUGAUGUCUCUGUGUAGAGCGCUGUCUCAGUAUCUGCUGUGUGUGGGUCAGCUUCCUUCCUCUCUACAAAUCCCUGAAGACAAACAACAUCUCAUCACCACCUUCAUCGCCAUGGCUACCGAGUUGGUGGUGUGGCGUGUUCUCAAGGACAGUGUUCCUCUGAGUGUUGACCUGCAGUGGGCUCUGUCCUGCCUGUGUCUGGCCCUCCAACAGCCCUGUGUCUGGUAUAGGCUGUCUACAGCCCGGUACAAAACACACACCUGCUCUGUCAUACACUGUCUACGGCUCCUCAUCACUGCAGUGGCGGUGGGUCCAGGUGACCAGCUCUUACAUCCAGAGAGGAAGAGAACCACAGGGUCAGACUGUGAUUCAGACCUGGUCCACUCUCCAAACACUGACAACGUGUGUGAGCGGCGGUCGUGUGAGAUCAUGGCCGAGCUGGUGGAGGGUCUCCAGAGCGUUCUGUCUCUGGGUCACCGUAGAAACAGCGGAAUCCCAGCCUUCCUCACGCCCACGCUCCGCAACAUCAUCAUCAGUCUGUCCAGACUGCCGCUGGUCAACAGCUACACCAGAGUACCGCCCCUGGUGUGGAAGCUGGGCUGGGCCCCUCGGCCAGGGGGAGAGUUUGGGACCACCCUGCCUGAGAUCCCUGUUGAGUUCCUUCAGGAGAAAGACGUCUUCAGAGAGUUCCUCUAUCGCAUCAACACACUGGGCUGGAGCAGUAGGACCCAGUUUGAAGAGACCUGGGCCACACUACUGGGAGUUCUGGUCACACAACCCAUCUCUAUGGACCAGGAGGAGGAGAGGGAACAGGAGGAGGACUUGGAGCGGACCCAGUGUAAUGUGUUAGCGGUGCAGGCCAUCACCUCUCUGGUUCUGAGUGCCAUGACGCUCCCUACGGCUGGGAACCCUGCAGUCUCCUGUCUGGAGCAGCAGCCCAGGAACAAGACUCUUAAAGUGCUGGACACACGGUUUGGCAGGAAGUUGUCAGUGAUCCGAGGAGCGGUGGAGAGAGAGAUCCAGGCUAUGGUGUCGAAGAGAGACAACGUGCACACGCCCCACCCCUACCACACCUGGGACCCUGUCCCCUCUCUGUCUGCUGUCUCACCAGCAGGUACACUGAUCAGCCAUGAGAAGCUCCUGCUCCAGAUCAACACAGAGAGAGAGAUGGGCAACAUGGACUACAAACUGGGACAGGUGUCCAUCCAUUCUGUGUGGCUGGGGAACAACAUUACCCCUCUGAGAGAGGAAGAGUGGGGUGAGGAUGAGGAAGAUGAGACUGAUACUCCGGCCCCCGCCUCUACUCCUACCUCUCCUAUCAACUCCAGGAAGCAUCGUGCAGGUGUAGACAUCCACUCCUGUUCUCAGUUCCUGUUGGAGCUAUACAGCCAGUGGCUCCUCCCCGGUUCCCCUAGCAACAGACGCACCCCUGUUGUGCUCAUCAGCGAGGUCGUCCGAUCGCUGUUGGCGGUCUCUGACCUGUUCACAGAGCGUAACCAGUUUGAGAUGAUGUUCACCACUCUGAUGGAGCUUCAGAAGAGCCAUCCUCCUGAAGAUGAGAUAGUGAACCAGUACCUGGUGCCUGCUGUCUGCAAGGCUGCAGCUGUACUGGGCAUGGACAAGGCUACGUCUGAACCUGUGUGUCGGGUGUUGGAGGUGACCCUGCGCAGCACCCACCUCCCCAGCCGUAUGGGAGCGCUGCACGGCCUUCUCUAUGUACUGGAGUGUGACCUGCUGGACGACACGGCCAAGCAACUGAUACCUACUGUCUCUGACUACAUACUGAGUAACCUACGGGCCAUAGCACACUGUGUGAAUCUGCACAACCAGCAGCAUGUCUUGGUGAUGUGUGCUGUGGCCUUCUACAUGAUGGAGAACUACCCUCUGGAUGUAGGAGCUGAGUUUACAGCUGGGGUUAUACAGAUGUGUGGCGUGAUGGUGUCAGCCAGUGAAGACUCUACACCCUCAGUGAUCUACCACUGUGUGUUGCGUGUGGAGCGCCUCCUGCUGUCGGAGCAACUAUCUCGUAUGGACGGAGAGGCGCUGGUUAAACUGAGUGUAGACAGGGUUAACAUGCCCAGCCCUCACAGAGCCAUGGCUGCACUGGGUCUCAUGCUCACCUGCAUGUACACAGGCAAGGAGAAGGCCAGCCCUGGUCGCCCGACCGACGCUGUUGACCCUCAGGCCCCCGACAGUGAGUCUGUCAUCGUUGCCAUGGAGAGGGUCUCUGUGCUCUUCGACAGGAUCCGUAAGGGUUUCCCCAGCGAGGCACGGGUAGUGGCCAGGAUCCUUCCUCAGUUCCUGGAUGACUUCUUCCCACCGCAGGACGUCAUGAACAAGGUCAUCGGAGAGUUCCUGUCCAAUCAGCAGCCUUACCCACAGUUCAUGGCUACCGUCGUCUACAAGGUGUUCCAGACCCUCCAUGCUACAGGCCAGUCCAGUAUGGUGACAGACUGGGUGUUGCUGUCUCUGUCUAACUUCACCCAGAGAACCCCAGUAGCCAUGGCAAUGUGGAGUCUGUCCUGUUUCUUUAUCUCUGCCUCCACCUCCCAGUGGGUCUCUGCUCUCCUGCCCCAUGUCAUCAGCCGUAUGGGUAAGAGUGAUGUGGUGGACGUCAACCUGUUCUGUCUGGUAGCCAUGGACUUCUACAGACACCAGAUAGAUGAGGAGUUAGACCGCAGAGCCUUCCAGUCUGUCUUCCAGACCGUAGCCUCACCUGGCAACCCCUAUCAGAAACUACUGGACUGUCUACAGAGUAUCCACCGAGACACAUCACUCUGAGAUGGGUAGCCCCUAUCACCAGACAUCACUCGGAGGGAGGGAGGGAGGGAGG